CUUUUCAUGGAGGCUCCAAUUUAUGACCUUACGCUACUGACUUCGCAAACACUCAUCUCUAUCCAGACGCGUGUAACCCAAUGUAAUUAAUUAUGCUUCAAAUUCCCCAUUUCCAUUUUUCCUUUUCUCUCUCUCUUUUCCCCUUUUACAGUUACUGCAACAACAUUGCUUCUGGAAAAAAAAAGUUCCUUCUUUUUGGUGCGCCAAUUGAUUCAAUUUUCGGAGGCCUUUUUGGAACCAAUCCGUUUAUUUUCUGGAUUCGGAUUGGAAUCAUCAAAUGCGGCGUUGGUGGGGCCAACCCAUCGUGACAGAUUUGGGAAUAACCGCCCGUUUUAACUGCAUUUUCCAGCAGCUUCAAGGCCUAUCCUAGUCUUUGAGAACUUGCGGGACCAUGGCAAACCAAAUUCUCUCAGAAAUUUGUUGUUAUUACUGUACGGAAAUGGAUGACAUUUUUUCUCGCCUCUUAAGCUUAACUUCCUGUAUAACAUGCCGAGUGAUUGAAUUUAUUGAAGAUCUUGUGUUGAGGGAUGUGAUUCGAUUGUUAAAAGAUUCAGAGAUUAAUUCUUCUUGCAAACAACCAAAAAUUGGAACCUGCACUGGUAAACAAAAUUUGGCUCUUGAAUAUGCAUCUUCAUCAAGAGAUUGUAACUGCAGUACAAGCUUAGGCUUUCUUGACAGAGAUGGCAUUUAUCUGGAGGAUCUAUCAUUCAUCAAUUCAGGAUCAGAAAUUUUAAUAGAAAUUACUCUAGGGGGUGUCCACUUCGUUUUUAAAGGGUUGACGCUCCUUAUCUCUUUCUUUGAAUUUGCUUGGAGAUCAGCAAUAGAAACAUGGAGGUGUAUAGGUUAUCAUAAGGGAUGUGUUCAUGCUCGUCUGCAGAGUAUUGUAUCUCGAGUUCUGAGAACUUUGAAUGGGUCUUCAGAUGACAUUGGGUGGUUACAAGAAUCUCCUGAAAUGGCUCCAGUUGAGGAUGGAUCAGCUAGAUUCCUAGAGCUGUUACAAGAAACUAGGAAUGGGGUGCACAAACUGCCGGAUUCUUUUGUCUACCUGCUGAUUCCAGGACUUUUCAGCAAUCAUGGUCCCUUGUAUUUUGUCAGCACCAAGAGGUUUUUCUCAAAGAUGGGUCUUGCUUGCCAUAUUGCUAAAAUUCACAGUGAGGCAUCAGUGGAGCACAAUGCUUGGGAAUUGAAGCAAUACAUAGAGGAGUUAUACUGGGGAUCUGGUAAACGUGUGAUGUUGCUUGGCCACAGCAAGGGCGGAGUUGAUGCUGCCGCUGCCUUGUCUAUUUAUUCACAAGAGUUGAGAGAUAAAGUGGCAGGAUUGGCACUUGUACAGAGUCCCUAUGGGGGAACACCCAUAGCUUCUGAUAUUCUUCGUGAAGGUCAGGUUGCUGACAAGGAAACUCGGAGGAUCAUGGAGUUUCUGAUUUGCAAACUGAUUAAGGGUGAUAUAAGAGCACUUGAGGAUCUCACCUAUGAGAAGCGAAAGGAAUUUAUCCGUAAACACAAGCUUCCUGAUAAUAUUCCUCUCAUCUCGUUCCACUCCGAAGCAAGUGUGGGACCCGGUGUGCUUGCCACCAUGUCACACAUUGCACAUGCGGAACUCCCCUGGCUACCUCGAAUUUUAAAUGAGGAUGCAGACGAUGAUGCCAUCUUUGCAGCACGGAAGGUGCCCGUAAUAGUCCCAGUUUCCGCUGCCAUGGCUAUUACGGCACUCCACCUACGACUAAGAUACGGAGAGAAGAGCGAUGGCCUCGUGACAUGUCGCGAUGCUGAAGUCCCUGGCUCUGUUGUGGUCAAGCCCGAUAAGAAACUCGACCAUUCCUGGAUGGUGUACUCUUCAUGGAAGAAAGAGCCCACAGAGCCCGAUGCUUGCGAAAUGUGUGAAGCUUUAUUGACUAUGCUCGUUGAGCUCGGGAAAAGAGCUUCGAAAUGAAGGUGCAUUCCUUCUCAUUUUCACCCUUGUGUGUUGUUUUCUUGUUAAGUGACUACUAGAAAAGUUGCACAUGACAAAAUGUCAAGGUGACUGGUGAUCUCCAAAGCUCUGCAGUAGCUAGGCUGCAUUUAAAUUGUUUUCGCACUUUGGAAAUCGUGUUGUUGAGUACGAACGAGGACAAGGUAGUCACGAAUGUUUACUUUUACACACUGAUGUAAUACUAUAUAUCGGAGUUGCAGUUUUUCAACGUAUUUCAGUUAGUAAGACGUUUUUCUUUGAAACGAUAGGUUAGGACUUCAAGGUGUAUAUUUAAAUCAGUAAGUUGCAGUUUUAUUGUAUCUCCGUUGGUAAAACGUUUUUCUUCCAAAAAUAGGUUGGCAGUUAGAGUUUUCUCAGUUGUAACUCUAAAACAAAUUAGAUAAUGUUACAAGUUUCAACUA